AGUUCUCGAAUCUCCGUCUGAAAAACAUUUUGGAAGUGAUAAAUUUUCGAAGAUUUUAACAGCACGAUGCGAUCAAACAUUGUGUCCGAGGCAGGACUGUCUACCAGAUUAAACCAAUGGUGGGAAGGCAUUCCAUUCCUCACGUCGGUGGUAGUAUUCGUCUGUGGAAUUAUUUACUUGGUCUGUCUACUAGUUGGAUAUGACUCCUUCGUUGAAGUAUGCUUCUUGCCUUCGGCUGUUAUUUCUCAUUUCCAAGUUUACAGGAUGUACACUGCAAUUAUUUUUCAUGGUUCUUUACUGCAUGUUCUCUUCAACAUGAUGGCAUUGGUGCCCAUGGGAUCUGAGCUUGAAAGAAUUAUGGGAUCUAUCCGCUUGUUGUACAUAAUAAUUCUACUGGCCGCAAGCAAUGCGAUACUUCAUCUUUUUAUCGCAUUACUGGUAGCUCAUAAUCCGGUUGAUGCUUAUCCCCAUUUCAUGAAUCAGUGUUCUAUAGGUUUCUCAGGGAUUCUGUUCUCUAUGAUCGUCAUAGAGACAAGCCUUAGUGGAAUCCAAACUCGAAGUUUCUUUGGACUUUUCAACGUGCCCGCAAAAUGGUAUGUAUGGAUAUUGUUAGUGGUGUUUCAGCUACUUAUGACAAAUGUUUCAUUACUUGGACAUCUAUGUGGUAUUUUGUCCGGAUAUGCAUAUACUUUUGGGUUGUUUAACGUCUUGAUUCCUGGGACAUCCUUCUAUUCAUCCAUUGAGUCCUCCGCUUGGCUUUCUACUUGUGUGAGGAGACCUAAAUAUAUAAUAUGCAGCGGCAGCAAUACUUCGGGCCACAUCCCCACAUAUACAAGUCAAAGCACCACGUCAAGCGGAUUACUCUCUGGAAAUAUGUGGAGGAAUCUAUCUUCUUGGAUGCCACAAAGAGAAAGUUCUCCGCAGUAUAUGCAGACAGCACAAGAUGGUGAUAGAUUCCCUGGGAGAGGGAGGACACUUAGUUCUAGUACAAACCAAGCAGCUUCAGUUACAAAUUCUGAGCCUAAUUUACAAACUAGACUUCUCGAUGAUGGUGACAACCUGAAUCAGGCAUCAUAUCCAGCAACAAUUGGGGCAGGGCAGCGAAUAUCAGACGGGAGGCCUCCUCUAGUAAAUAGUUCAGUGGUGCCUAUCAGAACCCAAAACAAUCAGGUUUCCGUUGCAUCUGAGGAGGAAAUUCAGAAACUUGUCGCUAUGGGUUUUGAUAGGACACAGGUAGAAGUAGCAUUAGCAGCUGCUGAUAGAGAUUUGAAUGUUGCAGUUGAAAUACUUAUGAGCCAACAGGGAUAGUAAAAUAAAUUUCCGACCAGAGUGCACAAAAUCCUCUUCCGGUAGAAGAAUUUCUGACAGUUGCAUUUACUUUACGUUGGAGGAAGUUGCUAUGGAGUUGUAUAUAUUUGAUAUUUAAAAAAAUGUUAAAACAUGUAUUCUACUUCUUCCCAAAUUUAUGUUAAGGAUCAACUUGUAAAA